UAAAUCGUAACAAGUGCAGCAACAACAUUGGGGAUUUAAAUUUUGAAUAACAAAAAUGGAGUCUUGGAGGAUUAGCCUAGUCGUGGCAGCAACAGCUUUAAUAAUGGCGACGUUGGUGGCUGCUGCGGAGGAUAAGGCAAAAGACAAGGCAGAGUGUACGGAACAGCUGGUUGGUUUGGCCACCUGCCUUCCUUACGUGCAAGAACAGGCAAAGUCUCCGACGCCGGACUGUUGCUCCGGCCUCAAACAAGUUAUCAAUUCCGACAAAAAAUGUCUUUGUGUGAUCAUCCAAGACAGGAAUGAUCCUGAUUUGGGUCUUAAGAUUAAUGUCUCCCUCGCUCUCGCUCUUCCUUCCGUUUGUCACGUCACUGCAGACGUCACCAAGUGCCCUGCUUUGCUACACUUGGAUCCAAAUUCUCCAGACGCCCAAUUUUUCUAUCAGCUAGCAAACGGUUCGAACAAAACCGGUCCAGCCUCUGCUCCCACUGGCUUGGCUCCUGAGCCCACUGGCUCGGCUCCCGAGCCCACCAGCAUGUCUCCAACCGCAGGAUCUGAUGAUGGUAAAGCUCCGACUACUUCUUUGCCAGGCUCGAACCACGCUCAAAGCUUCAUUAAAAGGUGGCUAGGGUUCGAAGUUGUUGCCUAUUUCUUCGUAAUUUUGAUUACUAUUAUUCUCGUAUGAAAAAUGAAAAAGAAUGUAACGUAGGUUUCGUGGAACUGCGUUGGUGUUGAUUUGUGCAGUUACUGUUUUGAUAUGAUGUGUGUAAUUUUCAUUCCGUGAGAACUAUUCUCAAUUUUUUGUUUUGUGCGACGCAAAUAAGUCACGAGCUACAGUUGUCUAUGUCUCGUAUGCUUUAAU